AUGGCAAGACGCGCCCUGGGAGCCGCGAGAGUCGCCGCUUGCGUGGCAGCAGUUGCCGGGCUGGCCCUCGAGCCCGCCUCCAGCCUCCUCCUGCUGCACGAUGAGGCAGCAGCAGCAGCAGCAGCAGCUGCUGCUGCUGCUGCUGCUGCUGAAGAAGGCCACGCAGACCACCCCAGCAGGUGGAAGCGCCGCUUCAGCAGUGGUCAGUUUCCAGUGGUCCCCGGAGACUUCCUGGACUGGUCUUCUUCUUCUUCUUUGCAAGACAGCGGCUUUUUCUGGCUGACUGUGUCUUCUCCGACUGCGCCCCAGCCCGAAGAGGACUUGGAGAAAAAAGAAACUUCUUUUUCUCUUCUGGAAAAGCAACACGGCGUUUCUGUGGUUUCAAAUAUCAGCGAAGGAUUUAAAAAUGCUUAUUCAAAUCCUCUGCAGGUCCCGCAGUCUUCUUCUUCGGCUUUCAAGCAGUUGCAGCAGGGGGGUGAGGUGUACAUACACCCGGCGUGCAUGCAUGCAUGCAUGCAUGCAUGCAUGCAUGCAUGCAUGCGGCGUUGCACGCCUAGAGAAAGAGCUGGAGGGGGUUUAGCGCGCAGUUUGUUGGAGGUGCUGCUGCUGCUGCUGCUGCUGCUGCUGCUGCGCUGCAGCGUGCACGGCCUUGUGGGGAAAAGCAGAAAAUGUCUCGAGACAAAAAGGAAGGAAAGGAAUGGCGAAAAGUCUGAAUUGGUUUUCGAGUUGCAGCGACUCGAAGUUUGCGCUGAGAGACUCGGGGCGUACGUACACCUGGCGCGAGUGCGCGGCCAAGCUCGCGGGGAACUUCACUUUCUUUUCCUGGACUAA